AUGUGGUAUCGAUACGCAAGAACUGACAUAGGAACAAUGGGCGCCGUGGUUGGACGCAGGACAUUCUUCACCAGUCGAAUUGCAUUGUCACACAUUGGGUCUUCGCCAGUAUAUGUAACGCGCGAGACCAAGAUCAAUGUGUUGCCCAAAGUGCCCGCCAGAAUUAUAAGAAAGGGCCCCAAAUCUUUGAAAUUAUCACAAGUGGUCACUGUCGAGGGUCCACGCGGUGUCUUGUCGAUGGAAGUGCCCGACUACGUGCAUAUUCAUCACGACACCACCACCGACAGAGUUUCGGUCUCGGUCCAGGACGACACCGAUAAGGGCCAAAAAUCCAUGUGGGGCACCGUGCGCAGUCAUUUGCACAACCAUGUCGUGGGUGUCAACGAAGGUCACAUGGCAGUGCUACGUUUUGUCGGAACCGGGUACAGAGCACAACUCGAGCAAAACGGCAGGUUCGUGAGUCUCAAAGUUGGUGCCUCGAUCAUGCAAGGACUGCCCGUUCCUCAAGGUGUUAUGGUGCAAGCACCAGUUCCCACUUCACUUAUCAUUGAAGGUUGUAACAAGCAGCAAGUUUACUUGUACGCGGCCAACUUACGCAAAUUCCAUCCUCCAGAACCUUACAAGGGUAAAGGUAUUUACAUCAACGACGAAACCAUUACUCUAAAGGAUAAGAAGAUUAAAUGA